GAUUUAGACCGUAAAAAAAAAUAAAAAAAUAAAAACUUAAGCCUAAAAUUAAUUUAGAAAUUUUAUAUUUUUAGAAUAAAUGCUAUAAAAGUUGCAAAUCCAGAGAACUUGAAAAUAAUUUGUUGAGUUUAAGGCUACAUUUCUAUUUAUUUUCAUCCAGCCUAAGUUAAAACCGGAUGUUUCACUUUCGUAAGACAAAUAUUGAUUGGCUGUACAGUAACUUAGUGAUCGAUAACUAUUUGUUUACAAAACUUUGCAGAUCAAGUUUUUAAAUAACUAUGCAAAUUAAAAACCCCAUGACAUAGUUUUCUAUUUUUAGCUUACAAUGUGUACAAUAAAAUCAAUGGCGGCCUAUCCAAUAGCAGGAUGCCAUUGUUUAUGUCUCCAUUACACAUAAGCCUAGGAUGGAAAGAGGAAGACUUUUCUUUUGGAUAUUAAGAUUGGUCAGAAGAUUUCAGAACAUCUGGAACAUCAGGUACCCUCAGCAGUUUGAUUCCUUUGAAGCCUUUGUUUUGUUUGUAAACAGUCACCCCCUUGAUGGGUUGCAGAAUGUGACUACUGUUAGCUUGACAUUGUCAGUCACUGAUAAUGCACCCAGACAAGCAACGUUAGAGAUCCCACUCAACAUUGGCCGACUGACCCACCUGGUCAGCUUACAGAUGACCGGAUGUGGCUUGACCAGUAUCCCCUGGUCCUUUGUUUACCUGAAACACUUACAGAAUUUGGAUUUGUCUCAUAAUAAAUUUCAGCUUCUCCCGAAUUUUAUUGGAUGUUUAUACAGCUUAGAAAACGUGAAUCUUGAAUCCAAUCAUUUAAUAGUGUUGCCGACUUCACUGAUCCAGCUUAAAAAUCUUAAAUUUUUAAACAUAACAAAUAAUGUCAAUUUGAUCGGUCCACCUUAUAAUAUAUGCAUGCAAGGACUUGAUGCCAUUAUGAGAAAUCUGGAGUUACGGACAACUAGGAAAAAUUUGUGGAAAAAUUCUAAAGCUUUUUAUGACCCAUCAGAUUCUGCACUAUCUAGCAAAGGGGCUGAAAUUCCAUCCUUGGUUGUGUUAGCUGUCAAUGUAAUCAUCCAAUCACAGCAAGAUUUUUUAAUCGUGUCAUAUGUUCCUCCUAGACUAAAGACAUUUCUUAAUGAAAAAGUUGAAGAAAAUAAAAGGUCACUACAGGUGGCAAAGUGUGGAACUUGCCUGGGGUAUUUUUCUAGUACAUUAACAUUUGAAGGACACAUCUGCAAAGUAUCUACAGUGAACAGGGGAUAAGGGUUUUGUUUUAUUUUUGUGUGUGAAAUAAGUUAAUUUUGUUUAUGAUACUUUAGUGAUCACAUAUUCAAUGUAAAAAAUUCUUGAUGCAAAACCAAUAAUUUAACAUUUAUGUAAUCUCAGGGUAAAAUUCAUACCACUUAGAUGUAUUUUCAUAAAACAAAACAAAAAUUUCUAUACAUUGUAUUUUAUUAUUCGUUUAAGCUAUUUAUAAAUUGUUCCUUGAGUGAGCAUGCC